AUGAAUUUAAAUAUACAUCCGAUAAUAAAUAAUUGGGCAUUUAAUAAUAGUAAUAAUGAUAUUGAACAAUAUAUUAUACCAUUAUCUGAUUGUAUAUUAACUAAUAAUACUUAUAUGAAUAUGUUAACAUUAUAUAGAAAUGCUCAACAAUAUGCUCAAAUGAUAAAACCGAAUCAAAUUGAUUAUAAUGUAAUUAUAGGUCCAUAUCAUCCUAAUUUAUGUUAUCAAAUGAAUCAAUUAAUUAUGUUACCAAUGAAUGAUUGUUUUAAAUCAUUGAAAACAUUCUUAUAUCAUAUAAGUUUUCAAUGUCCAUUAAGUAGAAGUAUUACAUAUCAAUCAACUCCAUCAUUAUAUUGUUAUAAUAAUAGUAAUAAUAAUAAUAAUAAUAAUAAUAAUAAUAAUAAUAAUAAUAAUAAUAAUAAUAAUGCAAGUCAAUAUGAAUAUGAUUAUACCAAUAUUGGUAGUUUAUCUAUUGGUGCUAAUAAAUAUCAAAUAUCAAUGGCAUUAAUUAAAAUUUUACACUAUUUAAAUAGAUUUAAUAUAAUAAUUCUAUAUGAAAAUGAAUAUAAUGUGAAUGAUCCAUCACAAUUAUUUGCCAUUGAUUUAGCUUAUCUAUUAAUGAAAGAUAGUAAUCAUAAUAUUAAUGUAAAAGCAAUUUAUGGAUGGAAUAUUGAAAAGAAUAUAUCAAAUAUUAUACAAAUAGGAAAUGUAGAAUAUUCUGCUUGUAUUGUAAUUGCUCAACUUUCAUUCUAUUCUACAUUAUUAAAAUAUAUUUAUCAAUGGAAUCCGAAUAUAUUAAAAACAAUUAUGUUCAUUGCUUAUGAUAUGACAUUAUUCUCAUAUGAUAUACUUAAAGUAUGGAGAAAUACUAUACAAAAUAUUGAUCAUGAAUAUUUAACAAUGAUCAAUUCUGCAUUUGUUUUAACAUCUCAUCCAUAUGGUUCAAAAUUACAUUUAACUGAUGAAUAUUUAAAUCAGAAAGAUUAUUUAGCAAUGAAAUUAACAUUGGGCAUGACAAUAUGUAAUUUUAAACAUCAUAUACAACAAAAAGAACGGGAACAACAACUAUCACAAUUACAAGGAAAUAAUGGUUUCUAUGCAUCAUUAAAGAAUACAACAUUGAAAAUUCCAAUAAAAUCUGAUUUAAGUUUAGCUAUAACAUUUCAUGAACAUCCAGAACAAAAUCAAGCUGCAUUAGAUUUUUAUUUAAUUAAUGCAUAUACAUGUAAUGUUGAUAUUUCGAAUUUAUCAAUGAAUACUACUAAUACUACAACUAACAAUAUUAUUAAUGAUACUGUAUGUUUAGAGAUAUAUUCAUCAAUGAUUUGGCCUGAUUACAAUGUUAGUAGUAUGGUAUUAGGAAGUGAUUGGCAAUUAAAUGCUACAUUACAACAAACUACAACUAUUACAGAAUGUAUUCCAAAUAAUGGAAUAGUUAUGGCUCUUAUAUUCAUGUCUGUAUUAACAGCUACGAUAGCAUUUUCAUUAGUUGCUUUCUUGUUAGCAAGAUGUUAUCGACGACGGAAAAUGUAUCGUGAAGGACCUAAUAAACUAAUUCUUUAUCCAGAUGAUGUUGUAUUCAUGAAAACUCAAAAAACAGUUAAGCAUACUACACCAAGUAAUGUUGAUCUACGUUUUCCAACAAUGACUAGUGAAACAAAACUUAAUGGAUCAACAACCAGUCAUAUAAAUCAAGGUAAAAUAGACAAUCAAGCAAGAUCAUUGGUGUCAGUUAUGAGUGGUGAUGGAAUCGAAGAUACAAAUGUUGCACGUUAUAGUAAUAGUUUAAUUUAUAUAAAACGUUUAGAAUUGAAUAAUGCUGCAUUAAAGAGUAAAUUUUUAGAUCAUGUACGUUUGUUAAGAGAGAUACGUAAUGAAAAUGUCAAUCCAUUGAUUGGUUGUUAUGUUGAUAUUAGUGCAUUAUGCCUGGUAUUUGAUCAUUGUACAAGAGGAAGUUUAAAAGAUAUAAUCAAGAAAGAGUCCAUAAAUUUAGAUUGGGAAUUUAAACUUUCCUUAAUAACGGAUGUCGUCAAAGGUAUGAGAUAUAUUCAUUCAUCUCCAAUUAAAAAACAUGGUUGGCUUAAAUCUACAAAUUGUUGUGUAGAUGGUCGAUGGGUUGUAAAAAUAACCGAUUAUGGAUUAACAGAAAUCUUCGGCAUUUAUGGUACUAAAAGAAAGAUGAAAGAUGAAGAAUGGUUAUGGACAGCACCAGAACAUUUACGAGAAGAAACAAAUAUUUAUAAUGGCAGCCCGAAAGGUGAUGUUUAUUCAUUUUCUAUUGUGAUGCAAGAAAUUAUUACACGGGAUGAACCUUAUGGAAUGCUUGGAUUAAGUGCAUCAGAAAUAUUGAGUAAAGUUCGUAAACCACCACCACUGUGUCGACCAAAAGUUUCACAGUCUGAAGCUCCCCCAGCUUAUUUAGAAUUUAUGAAACGUGCAUGGGCAGAAAGUCCUGUAAUGAGACCAACAUUUGAAGAAAUCUAUCAACAACUUAGACAACUUAAUCAAGGAAAAAAAAUCAACAUCGUAGAUCAUAUGUUCAAGAUGAUGGAAAAGUAUUCAGCUGACUUAGAAGAUCAAGUACGUGUUCGUACAGAAGAAUUAGAAACUGAAAAGAAAAAGACUGAAUUACUAAUAGCAAGGAUGCUUCCUCCUGUUGUAGCGGAAACUUUAAUGUCUGGUAAACCCGUUUGUCCUGAAGCAUUUGAUGAAGUGACAAUCUAUUUCAGUGAUAUUGUUGGUUUUACAACAAUAUCUGCAUUGUCUACACCAUUUCAAGUUGUUGAUUUGUUAAACGACCUUUAUACAAUGUUUGAUUCAACAAUUGACUUUUAUGAUGUAUAUAAAGUUGAGACAAUUGGAGAUGCAUACAUGGUUGUCUCCGGUUUACCAAUACGUAAUGGUCAGUUGCAUGCGGGAGAAAUUGCUACUAUGGCUUUAGAUCUGUUGAGUCAAUGUGGAACAUUUGUAAUUCGUCAUAUGCCAGAUGUACCACUUCGUUUACGCAUUGGAUUACAUUCAGGAUCAUGUGUUGCUGGUGUAGUUGGAUUAACAAUGCCGCGAUAUUGUUUGUUUGGAGAUACAGUGAACACUGCAUCUAGAAUGGAAUCAACAGGAUCUGCUUUUCGUAUUCAUGUUAGUCCAACUACAAAAUCAAUUCUGGAUAUUUUGGGCGGUUAUCAUUUACAAUUACGUGGUAAAGUUGAAUUAAAAGGCAAAGGUUUAGUUGAUUCAUUUUGGUUAAUUGGAAAAGAUAAUUUCAAUAAACCCCUACCUGAUCCACCGCCAUUAACUGAGGGAGAUAAUCAUGGUUUGGCUUCUCUACUUAGACCAGAAGAAAUAAAAGCAAUGGCUGAAAAAAAUAAAACCGAUAGUAUUGAAUCAGUUGAAAAGUUGAAAAAUGAGGAUAUGCAAACCCACGAAGAAGAAAAAACACAUGGUAAUAAUUCACCUAGACGAAAAUCUAGCAGUUAUUCAGUUCAUUUUACUGGAGAAAAUUCUGAUCAGCCUAAUAGAUCUUCACAGAAUACUGAACGAAAUAAAACUGAUAAAACACAUCGUAGAUCAAGCAAAGGUCCAUUGCCUCCAGUUAAUUGA